AUAUAUUAGAUGGAGUUCGGGUUUUGAUGGGCCUCAAGAAGACGCCCAAAAUCUAAUUACAGAAGACCGCCCUUAUCAUUACGAACUAAUAUUUCGAGAAACGUCGAAGCCAGAACAGAGCUCAGCUUUCACUCUUGCCAUGUCUAAGCACACUCGCGAUCAAGCGCUGGAUUUCCAGGGUUUUUUGAAUGACUUGCAGGACUGGGAAUUUUCACUCAAAGACAAAGACAAAAGAAUGAAGCCUCAAGCUUCUCAAAAAGAUAAUUUGAAAGUUGGUGAAAAGCUUAGACCAUGCGGAAAUGAUUCUACGGUGAAUUCUUAUUUUAAGAACUAUGAUGCAUUUAGUCGCAUAUCAAGUAGUUUAAUGACUGAAGAGAGUCUACCAGAUGCUACUUCAGAGAAGGAACUGGGUAAUGAGUAUUUCAAGCAGAAGAAGUUUAAAGAAGCUAUUGACUGUUAUUCAAGGAGCAUUGCUCUGUCACCCACCGCUGUAGCCUAUGCAAAUAGGGCUAUGGCCUUUCUUAAAAUCAAGAGAUUUCAGGAAGCUGAGGAUGACUGUACGGAGGCCUUAAACCUGGAUGAUCACUACAUAAAAGCUUACUCACGUCGAGCUACAGCUAGAAAAGAACUUGGGAAGCUUAAAGAGUCCAUAGAGGAUUCAGAGUUAGCCUUAAGGUUGGAGCCUCAAAACCAAGAAGUCAAAAAACAAUAUGCUGAGGUCAAAUCUCUGUAUGAGAAAGAGAUUCUUCAGAAGGCAUCUGGAAAAAUUAAAAGCUCUGUACAAGGGAUGCAGAAAGUUGGAAAUCCUGGAAUUAAAGUGAACAGAGAUGAGGUCUGCGCUGUUCCAAAUACCACUCAGAAGACUGGAGUGGUAGCAGUUAAAGAAAAUCAUGCUAAGCAGGUAAGUAAUGGAGAGAAUACUGUAAGAACUCUUUCCGUGGAAGAAAUUGGAGACCGGAGGAUUGGAGCUAAAAGCAGAGCUAAAGGUCAACAAGAUGGUUCUCAAGCAGAUGGUAUACAACGUUUCGGUUUGGAGAAGAGGAAUCAUGGAACCAGAAAACAAGACUUGAACCUAUCUGUGCAUGAACUUGCUUCUCGUGCAGCAUCUCGAGCCAUUGCUGAAGCUGCAAAAAACAUCAAACCUCCAAAAUCAGCUUAUGAAUUUGAGGUUUCUUGGCGAGGCUUCUCUGGUGAUUGCACCUUACAGGCAUGUCUGUUGAAGGCCACUUCUCCAGCUGCGCUGCCACAGAUAUUUAAAAAUGCCUUGUCUGCUCCAAUACUAAUGGGCAUCAUUAACACAGUUGCCACCUUUUUUAAUGAAGAAAUAGAUUUGGCGGUCAAAUAUCUCGAAAAUUUAACCAAGGUCCCUAGAUUUGACAUGCUCAUCAUGUGCCUUUCAUCAAAAGAUAAAGCUGAUCUCCAGAGAAUAUGGGAUGAAACAUUUUGCAAUGAAGCUACUCCAAUUGAGCAUGCUGAGAUUCUUGAUAAUUUGCGUUCAAAGUACUGUCUCAAUCGGUAAUGGUCCUUAUGGAUGUCCAAGAGAUGUUCUGAGCUAUUUGGUUUGUCUCUCUUGAACUUGCGAUGUGGCAAUUUUCCCCAUUUAUGUUGGUAAACUAAUUAAUCGGUGGCAAUGUUGUCCUAGCAGGACGAUUUCCCUUUAUAGGUCCACUGAGCUCAUGUUUAUAUUCCAAAAUUUGUGAAGUAUAGUCUAUGAAAUUCAAAGUUAGACACUGGUGGUAGGUUGAACGUGAUCUUAGACAUGGAUAAAAUAUGACUCUGGAAAACCACAGUGGGGUUGUUGGUGGUUGAUUGUCAAAGUCAAUUGUUACUCAUUUUUGUCAUUGAAUGUUUUUGAAACCCCACUUCAAAGGAAUCGUUAAUAUGCUAGUACGAUCAUGGAUAUAAAUACAAAAAUUGAUCUAGUGUAUUCUAGAUGGAGUA